GACGAUAGAGGACGCCAUAACACACACAGUCUUGACUCUCACUUGUGUCUACCCGUUACAGCCUGCUAAGUGAAACCCAGCCCGCUUUCAGCAGCUCCCCCUUAGCACGGACCAAAGUUAUCCCGGAAUAAGGACAGCACGCAUGUGCCGUCAACCCGGAUGUAGAUAUGUUUCUGAACGCGGUCUAGUCUAGUCUCCAUGGAUGUAUGUGUCUGUUCCCUCGCCAAGUUAUCACACAUUUACUCUUAUUAAUGACUAAUAUAUGAACAAAGCUUUACCCGUGCCAAACCGGGAUAACCAGCCGUGACAUGUGUCGGAACUACGUGGAUGUCACAUCGAGUGACAGCUCCACGACAGUCUGUCUCUGAUUUACGGCUACGUCCUGUAACUUAAGAGGAUGGACUUUAGGGGCAGGACACACAAGUGAAGUGAUAGUUGUGCAAUAUACUAUACGUUCUGUAACUUAAGAGGAAUGGACUUCAGGGGCAGGAGGCAUGAGAGGGGCAGCAACUGGACAGACCCGGAGAUAGUGGAGCUGCUCCAGCUGUGGUCCGAUGAGUCGGUCCAGAUUGAGUUGGAGAGCUCAUUGCGCAACCAGCGUGUGUUUGACCGCAUAGCACACAUUUUACGUGAAAAGGGCAUCUACCGUACAGGUGACCAGUGCAGGGAGAAGAUCAAGAAGAUGAAGCUGGAGUACCGCCGCAUUAAGGACAACCACAAGAUGAGGUCGUGGAAGUUUUACGAUGUGAUGGACAGGGUGCUGGCGAACCGACCUGCUAUCACCUACUCCUCCAUGGGCGGAGCGGUCAUAGCUCAACAGGUGUUUCAUCAGAGCCCCGGUGGGGGGUCCGAGGCAUACCUGCAAGGACUCCCAGCAGGCGCCUUUGGUCCUACUACUUCAGGUGGGUUUCUGUUUGGUCAGCCUCCAAAAGCUGGAGAUCCGCUGGAUAUUAAAUGUGAAGAUGUUGAGGAGAGCAUGCUUAAUUCAGGUAUGGCUCCCCCCGAGAUGUACUAUGGAUCUGGAGAUGGAGAUGACCAGGAAACUGAUGGGCAGUCUCUGCUGGGACCAGAGGACUCUCUGGGUCGAGGAGAGAGCUCAGCAAAUGCAAGGAUCUCACCUUCAGGUUUUAGUGACUUGAACAUCGCCAGUUCUGCCACAGCUGCCACCCAGACUGGUCUUGUGCCACAGGACGCAUCUGAGCAGCCCAGUAGUAAGAAGGGCGCUCAUCAUCCCCCAACCUCUGUGGGACAGAGGAAGCGUCGCCUUGGUGGCAAAACAUGGGGACACGGGGGUGCUCAGAGAAGCCUGGAUAGAGCCUUAGCCAGCUUCCUGAACUGGCAGCAGUCGGCAGAGGAGCGCCUCCUCUCCCUGGAGGAGGCGCGGCUGGAGAGAGAGCUGCAGGCUGAGGAGCGCAGGGAGCAGCGGGAGGAGAGGAGGGCGGAGCGGGAGCGCCAGCACGAGCUCCGCCUGUUCAGCAUGCUCACUGGGGCAUUGGUUGCUGUCAGAGAGGGCGCUCCGACCGCUGCCACAACCACAACUGACCCCUCCUUCUCACCCGGUGCGCCCUCCGCCCCCUCCGUCUCGUCAUCUUUAUCUCAGCCACCUUCAGAAGCUCUCGCAACACAGCCUGUUUCCACUCAGGAGACAAUAAAGUCGACGUCGCCUGCAUCUGUCAAGGCCUGCAAAAUGUCUCUGAAUGUUUUGGCAACACUGAACAGUGCAGAAUCUCUCAGCCCCAGCGUGUACCUGUCCAACCGGGGUAACGGCAUACGACAGACUCAAGGCAUUCUCCAGGAGGGCUUUGCCCAAUAUAGAUUGGACAAACACCACGACACGGAGAACCCUGAUGGUAUGAUCAACUUGGGCACCAGUGAGAACAAACUAUGCUAUGAUCUUCUUCAUAAACGGAUGACCAAGCCUGACAUGCUUUACAUUGACCCAUCCCUGUUGCAGUAUUCAGACUGGACGGGACACACAUUCCUGAGAGAGGAGGUCGCAAAGUUCCUGACUCACUACUGCUGCUCUCCAAAUCCACUGAAAGCUGACAAUGUUGUGGUGAUGAAUGGCUGUGGUUCCCUCUUCUCGUGUAUCGCUGCAGUCAUUUGCGACCCUAAAGAUGCCAUUCUCAUUCCUACUCCUUUCUACGGCGUUAUCACUGAGGAUCUACAUUUGUACAGUGAUGUAAAACUCUUCCAUGUUCCUCUUGACUGUGAGGCCGAUGGCAAAGACAGCCGACCCUUCCACCUUACUGUAGGCAAACUAGAAGAAGGUCGGCAAAGGGCUAAACAAGAGGGUCUAACCGUCCGAGCUGUUAUACUGAUGAACCCCCACAACCCUCUGGCUGAGAUCUACACCCCAGAGGAGAUGAUUGCCUUCUUGGAGUUUGCCAAAAGAAAUGAGCUCCACGCUAUCGUUGAUGAAGUGUACAUGCUGACGGUGUUUGAUGAAUCUGUCGCCUUUCACAGUGUCCUCAGUGUAGACAGUUUGCCCGACCCACAGAGGACGCAUGUGAUGUGGGGGAUGAGCAAGGACUUUGCAAUGGCAGGAAUCAGACUAGGCACUCUGUACACUGAGAACAGAGACCUUGUGGAGGCUUUGGCCCAGCUGGGCCCGUUCCACGGUGUCUCUGGAACCACGCAGCACCAGGUAGCACAACUGCUUCAUGACAGAGAGUGGAUCAGCGAGGACUUUUUGCCCGAGAACAGGCGCAGACUGAAAGCCGCUCACAGUUACCUGUCAGGAGAGCUGCAGAGUAUGUGUGUCCCCUACCUGGACAGACCCGCUGCGCUGUAUGUAUGGGCCGACCUCAGAAAGUACCUCAGAGAGUCGACAUUUGAGGAGGAGUUGUCUCUGUGGAGGCGUUUCCUCAGACACAAGGUGGUGUUGAGCUGUGGUCAGGGCUUCUCCUGCUCCACGCCCGGCUGGUUCCGCAUCGUCUUUGCCAACCAACAGCACCACCUUCAGCUCGGCCUGAAGCGAUUUCGGGAGACCUUGAAAGAAAUUGAAGAAAAAAGCAGCAGCCCUGAUUCACACUCUAUCAAAGAAGCCAGUGAGGAGAGCAAAAAUUCAGAGAGAGAGGACACUGAUUCAGACAGUGCUGCGAUUGUCAAUUCAACAUCAUCACCCCAGAGCAAGUCAUCCGACCAGCCGAAGGAGAAGGAUAGCCCUGUUCCUGACACGGGCUUGCCGGCCACUGAGGAGUUUGUGUUGCUGGACUGCCAAGCAUCGAAGCCCGCAGACAGUCUGGACGGUCUGAUUGGCACACUCAGGCACCAGAUCCACUCCUCCGAUUGGCUGGAGAAAAACACUCCAGAGCUGUCUGCUGGGGAGGACCCAGAGAUUCUUGACGUAUUCAAGGCCCUGCUGCAGAGAGCCAGGAAGUAAGCUUAGGAUGAACGGGCACGAAUGUAGCUGCCAGAUUUCAAGAGGCAGUACUCCAGCAUUCUUCUUCGUCCUGGCGUUUGUUGUGAGAAGCUCGACACAAACACCUGACACUAAGUCAAAUCUGAUCUGAUGUUUUUGAGUGAAGGGGAAACAUUAGCUGAGAGCAGGCUAAAGAGGAGGCAUGGCCAGGAUGGAAGGACAGGACAGGUACUUUUUCUAUCUGCAUCACGAGGCCUUAUUCUUAAGCUGCUAAGCAAGACAGACUUGUUUUUUUUUUUGUAAUCCAGACAUAAAACAUGUAUGUUUAUUUACUCCAACUUUAAGUGAAUGCCAAAUGUAAAUCAACCAAAAUCACGUUCUAUCCUUGAUCCUAAUCUGAAUUGUAGGCCUACAUCUUUAUUAUUUGUUCAUAUGCACUUUAUUUUAUCAGAAUGUAUUUCUGCAAAUUUAAUGAUCUGUGAAUAAAGGAAUUCGUUAAUUCUU